ACUUCUCUGUAAUCUCUACAGCGUUUCUCUCUCGGGGCCAAUGUCCAUGUUGGAUAACGGGAAGGCAACUUUUCUUCUGUACAACACGGUAUAAUAAUGAACUUGACAGGAGCGGCGAUCGGAGCUGCAGGACGCGGGCAGUGGAGCGGUUCAGGCUCCGCGUCUUUAACCUGCAACCCCCGCAAAUUCAGCGAGAAAAUCGCCCUGCAAAUUCAGCGGCAAGCCGCAGAUACAGCCGCCUUCCAGGAGGUUAUGAUGGACAUCACUUCCACCAGGAUUCAGGCUCAGAAGGUUCGGCAAGCACAGAGCCUGGCUUCGUAUUAUGGAGGAUCGCUGCCAAAUGUCAGUCAGAUAUCAGCAUAUCCAACAGGAAAUCAGAGCCAGUUCCUGUCUAACCCAGAUUACAGUGUCACCCAACUGCACCAUGUGAGGACAGAACAUGGACAGAGAGAUCACAGACCCAGCAUUCAUGGACGGCCAAACAGGAGACAUAUCGACAGUGCCCCCUAUCUGUCUGCCCACUUGUCUCCUCCCUCAGGCCCCAGCUGGCGGAGGAACUGGUUCAUCAGGUCUGCAAAUGAAAAGAGCCAGAUGGACCAAACGCCGAUGACGGCCCUUAGUAGGACUCGCUCAGACUCUGCCCUUCACACCAGUGUGAGGAUGAUCUAUAGCGGUGACCCAAAUCCUGAACAGGUCUUGACUGGCUGCUCAAAUAAAACUGGGACCCCAUUAUUUUCACCUCCAGUGCCUCUGAUUGAGGAGAAUGUCCAAGAGGAAGGAAGGACUGCAAAAUUACAGAAGCACAUCUCAAGUAAGUUGGAAUGGGGGCAACAAAAGGCUGGAAAAGUAAGUGUUACUAAAAAGAAACAAGAAAGUGUCCCAACUUUUAUUGGAAUUGGGGCUGUAAAAGAAUUGGCUAAUUGUAUUGUAAUAUCUAUUAUUUCACAGAUACCGUCAACAUUAUCUGGAUGUGACACAGCUGGAAAUCACAUAAGCGGCUCUCUGCCAGACCUCUCCAGUCUGUGUCUGCCCUCUGCAGCGCCCGAUGCUUCAAACCUACAACCUCCGACCAACACCAACCCAAUCAGCAGCUCCACCGGCGUACACCACCUACCCAGCAGUGCCGCACAUGAAGUCUCGACUGACAGUGAUUGUCCCCUACCUUGUUUGUUAUCAUCUCUCCAGGCGCUCGUCGGUAAUCCCUUGCUUCAGUCUUCUCUCAGCAACCCUAAUCUCCAGACGACGCUUAGCAGCCCUUCACUACAUGACUCUCUAAGCUCUACGUCCCUGUGCACGUCACUAAGCAGCUCGUCCCUGAAGUCCUCCCUUAGUAGCCAGUCCCUGCGGUCCUCCGUUAGUAGCUUGUCUCUGAGUAACCAGUCUUUCCAGUCAACAGCUAGCAGCUGCAGCUAUAGUAGUGGGAUCGGUGCAUCUCGCUCUUGCUCCUCAUCUUCUCUCUCCUGCUCACCACGUACUAGUGGGCAGGUAACGGUGUCGCAUACGACUUCAUCAGUAAGGAGAAGCCAGCUCAGCCCGUUAAUGGUGCCCAGUGGUGAAGAAUUGCUUUGGCAACAACCGACUCUGUCUCCCACGCUCUCCUGUAUAACCCAAGGGGUUGCACUUAACAGCGCAAAACUACGACAAGAGGUCAAACCACCACCAUAUCCUUACAGUCAAUUUCCUCUAACAGGGACUCCAAAGGUUCAUAAUUCUUCUCAGUCUUGGCAGCUCCAUCAGUCUGAGGGAUGCAGACAAAAUACCAGAUGGUGCCAACAGCAAGGCUCAAAGCUGUUAAGCUCCCAGUGUAAACCACAACCACAUUAUAUGCAGCUUCAGAACCGACAAUGCCAAACACAGGACAGCCUACUGAGUCCAUAUCACUACACACCACAGCAACAGCUAGACAAACACACACCGCAUGCACCACAGCAGUACCAGCAGACUCAAAGUAAUCAACAGUCACAGCAACAACCAAUAAACUGUGCACAGACUCAACAAUACUUACAGCAACAAACACAACAAUUUCCACCACAGUACCAACAGCAAUACCAACAACUCAACCAAUGCUGGAAUCACGAAAUACAUCUCAUAAACGACAACCAGAACCCGCUACACUGCCAAAGCAAAGAUGAAAUUCCUCAGAAUCAGCAACCUCUUCACCAUCAAACUGUCCUGGCAGCUCAGGAUGAAUGCACCUCAUGGAACAAUCCUUUAAAUCGACAAAACGUCCCUGAUAUGAGAAGACAAAGAUCUCUCGGGACAUAUAUGCACUUGAAGGAACGGCCAAAACUACAGUCCAAGAAGCUAGUCCAAGAAACUGAAAGAGGGAGAGCUCACAGCUCUAAACCAGUCCAUUCUCAGAAAGCUCUCCAGUUUAAUAAAAUGGCUUCCACCAGUUCACCGGAUAAUAAAUUCGGGCUUCGCAAUAAAUCUUAUGUUGGACUUCACCUGACACCGAGCCAGACAGAAGCUCUCUCACAGAAGCUUGGCCAACUCCAUAAGGUCACCAGAAAUUCUGACUCCAAAUGUCAGGAUGUAGAGGGGAAACAUCUGUGUGAUGUUGAGCACUUCAGGAACUCACCAACCCAGAGUUACAGUAAUGAUGUGUCUCGUAGUUUUCCCAGCAUCGAUUCUGCAGUGCCAUCUGCCUGCUUGGAUGAUGUGAUUUCAGAUCUGCCGUUCUCAGUUCCAGAAUUUGACCUGGACCCCUUUAUCCUGGCAGCUGAAUCACCUGAAAUGUGCAGUGGAGGAUUUUAGUUACAUGCAAAAAUAAAAUAGUUCACACAACCAUUUAAUAAUCAGGUUAAAAAAAAUUAAAAAGAGGAAGAGUAAAUAUUUUAACCAGUGGCCUUAAAACAUGGCCCCCAGUGUAACUUAUAAUAGAGGGAGUGGGCCCUAUGUAAAGAAUAGUAAAUAAUUUAGAUUGUGUACAAACAUUUUAUUAAUAUUUCAGACUGUAUUUUUAAACCUUUUUAAUGUUCUGUCUUACUUUAAAAAAUUCAACUUAGAAGUUACAUUUUAAGUUUGAAUAGUUCUUAACCAGUUUUUAGAAGUAACCCCAGCUUAGUCUGAUUGAGCAGCUCUGCUUUCUUUGUGAUGCCUACUAAAUGAAAAUGUUUAAUUAAAUGCUUUGCACUAUAAAACCACAUUAAUGUAAAAAAAACAACAACAAUUAUUUAAUGUAAAAGUAAAUAUUAAAAAUUAAACUAAUGGUUAUGUGUAAUUUUGCUAUAUAUUUUGCUUGCUGACAUGGUGCAGCUCCAUGGUCCCAGCUCGAUUCCUAGCUGGGUUCAGUGUCUGUGUGAAAUUUCAAAUGUUCUUCCCGUGUCUGUAUAGGGUUUCUCCAGCUUUUCCAGUUUCCUCCCAAGUCCCUGUAGGUGGAUUGGCCAUGCUAAAUUGUCCUUAGGUCUGUGUGUGUCUGUGUGUGUGUACAUUGCCCUGCGAUUAAUUGGUGUCCAAUUGAGGAUGUAUUCACACCUUAAGUGUUCCUGGGAUAGACUCUGGAUCCACCAUGGCCAGGAUAAAGCACUUACUGCAGAUGGAUGAAUGAAAAAGCUUUUUAUUUCCUAAUAGUGACUGUCCCACUUUAUAUGAAGUGUCUCUAACAGAAAAAGAAGAUGAAAUAAAAUAUACAAUUAGAGCUC